AUGAAAAAACCCAUGAGUAGCACACCAAUCCGUAAUACAAACGCUCGUGCUCAUUAUAAAGUAACAAGAACAGUAACAGGCCCCGAUGGAAAGACAAAUACGGAAACGAUCGAGAUGUACGAUGACGAUGCGGUCAAGUUCAUGCAUAAUUUACGUUUGAACCGGGACGAAGUUCCGGAUUUUGAUCGAUUCGGUUUUCGUCCAUUAUCCGAUCCGACUAAUCUUCCGCCAUUGGAAUCACGUCAUAAUCAGCAUCAUCGAAGUAUUCAAUCAUCGAAACCAAUACCCGUACGAUCGUCAUCAUCCUCGUCAUCGCCAUUUUCAGUUGCACCAAUCACACCAACACCGCCGAAACGUUCAUCGGCUCCUCAAAGCAACAAUGAAUUUGUUCGCGAAGCAUUACAAGCUCAUAAUGAUUUACGACGACGUCAUGGCAUCGAAGUACUGAAAUUAAACGAUGAUCUAUGCAGAUUAGCUCAACAAUGGGCUAACCAUCUGGCAUCAACUGGAACACUUGUACAUAGUAAGACUAAAUACCGAAAUGUAAAUGUUGGCGAAAAUCUUCGUUGUCAGUCGUGGCCAAUCACAGGCCAAAAAAUGACGCAAUCGUGGUACGAUGAAAAUACUAAAUACGAUUAUCGUAACCCUUCCUAUCAACCAGGCACCGGUCAUUUUACGCAAGUCGUAUGGAAAGGGUCACAGGAAGUGGGUUUCGCCCAAGCACAAGGUACAUCGAUGAUCUAUGCAGUCGCAAUGUAUUAUCCACCUGGAAAUUAUGUGGGCGAGUUCGAUCGAAAUGUAUUUCCUCCACGUUAA